UUUUUGCCUUUCCAAAGCUCGGAGAUUUUAAUUAUGGAAGCUGGAAAAUUGAUAUGAAAGUUUUGCUAAUGGAAAAAGGAUGUUGGGACUUUAUAACUGGAAAAGAAAUACCACUUGAUGAUACAGCAGCUGAGAGAGACAAAUUGGCCUAUCUUCUACGAAAACAACGAGCCUAUACGACAAUUUACAUGGGAAUCGAGCGAAAAUACCAAUCCCUGAUUGCUGAUACCGAAGACGGGAAGACAGCUUGGGAAACGCUGAAAGUAAACUUUGAACCUACGUCGAGAGCUCGUCUGGCUGGUUUAGUCGAUGAUUUCUUUAGCACAAGAUUUUCACCCGACGAAGAAACGAUCGGAAUAUAUAGCAAAAGAAUGUUGGAGAAGAAUAAACAAAUUGAGGAUGCUGGAUUUAAAUUGCCUCCAAUAUUAGUGUGUUUUCAGCUGAUAAGAUAUCUGCCUUCUGAAUAUGAUAAUUUGGUACAGAUUCUUUACAAAGUAAAAGAUGAAGAAUUUACGAUCGAUUCAAUUACUAAGCAACUAAUUACGGAAUCUGGAAGGAUUGAAUUGAAACAAAAAGACGAAAAUAAAAUUACGUUUGUGAAUGAUGCUUAUUCAACUAAAGUUCGAAAGGGAGAUUAUAAAAGACAAGCAGAGAAUAAGAAAAACUUCAGUGGAAGCAGUCUGGACCCUGACAAGAAAUUCGAAGUAACAAAUCCUCGUCGUUCUGUAGUAUGCAAGUUCUGUGAAAAAUUGGGUCACACUGAGGAUAAAUGCUACAAGAAAGUGAAUGUGCAACGUCGAAAGAAAGCUUUUUUAUGUGAAAAAGACUAUUCAAGCCUGAAUGAAAAUUUUGAAUCUAUGUGUGUGGAAUCGUCUAAUACUAGUCAAUUCAUAGGAGAAUUUCUAGUAGAUACUGCAGCAACAUCUCACUUCUGUAAAGAAAGAGGAUGGUUUUCCUGGUAUAAAGAGAUUACACCGACAGAAGUUCCAGUUGGUGACACAAAUAGUUCAACAAUUGCCACUGGUGU